AAAUUAAACAAAGAGAAGAAGCGUUUUUCUUCUUCACCAUUCCCACCCCCUCUUUUCUUUUCUUCCUUCCUCUCAUCUAUUGCUGCCCUUUGUAAUCAUGAUGACUCCAAUGUCAUCAUUGCUCUCUCUCUCAUGUGGCCACAUACAAACACAAAAUCACAGCUAUAUCGAUCACUUUUCUAAUUUCCCUUCUAGCUAGUUUCUUAUAUCAAUUAGUUUUUCUCACUUAUGUGCCUAUAUAAACCCCUUCAAGUCCAAUAUAAUGGUUGCGCCUCACUUUCACCCAACUUGGUUUCUCAUUUAAUUAUUUCAACCUUAAUCUAUCUCUCAAGCUAGCAAGCUUGUACCCAUACUUCUUAAUUUGAGAGACCCCAAAGAGAGAAAUUAAUUAAGGUAUGUGCUCUUUCUCUUCAGAACAGUCCUCACCAUAUGAUGAUCUUCCUCUUGUUCACCCUCCAUGGCCAUCCAAGAGACAGCCCCAGCACCUUCGGUUCAGCCUCCAUAAAAGAAGGAGAGCACAAUUGCAAGAAGCAAGACGGAGGAAAAGGAUGAUCAUAUUGAAGACUGAAAUAAAGAUGAGAAACUUGAAGUUGUACAUGGAGAACCAAAGCAUCAUAGAGGAGAAUGAGAAGUUAAGGAAGCAAGCAGUGCUUCUUCACAAAGAGAAUGAGGCCCUCUUAUUUCAACUUCAAAAGAAGCUUUCCGAACAAAAUAACAGCAAAACCAAUCAAAUAGCUGUUAGCUAGCUAUAAUACAGUUUAUAUGUUAAGGCCAAAAAGUAGGAAAAAUGGAAGGGUCUGUCGGUGAUUCUUCUUUAUGUGGAGUUCUGAUGAAUCUUAAAUAUAUGUCUUUCUUUUAUAUAAUUUGUUUCUUAAUUGGUCUGAGGUUAAAUUAAUUAAUUUCUUGCAAGAGUUUAAUUGUAAACCAUUACAAGACAAGGAAUGUAGUGUUGAGCAAUGCUACUGUAUUAGUUUUAUUUUGUCAAAUUCCUGUUGGAUUUCCUGAUUA